AUGAAUGAUAUGUGCAGAUGGCGGGGAAAAAAUUUGAGUAAUUCGAAGGGAUUACCUGAAAGCAAUCAGUAUUCUGGAACAAAACAAAUUCAAACACAACAAUCGCAUUCAGUUGAACCAAUUGAUUUGAAGAAAAUUGAAGAUCCUGCCAAACGGAAAAUAAGCGAUCCACAAGGCGACGAGAAACUGUCGGCAGAUGUGAAAGUUGCCGAAGAGCAGCAAGUUGGAAACGAUACCGAAAAGAAAUCCGCCAAGAAGAAUAGUGAAAAAAUGUCUGAAUUGAAUACGCUUCAAGGGGUGCCAACCAAGAUGCCAACAAUGGAUGUGUUCCAUGAUCCUGCGAAGAAAGAUAAAUAUUACAGGAGUGAAGAAUUACUAUAG